AUGGCCCAACCAACGCAACCGCGCAGGCGGUUUGCCCCUGUGCCCAUCGAGACGACCUUUGAGCGAUACCGAAAGACUGUCCCUGCAGCAGAACCUACUCCCGACCCGUCACCUCGAGACUCGCCGGUAUCCAUGUCCCCUCCUCCCCCGCUCCCGAAAGAACCCGCAAAGCGAGAUGCUCAGAGCAGACCACCAAACAAGGAGAAGAGGCGGUUCGCUCCCCAGCUCGUCGAGUCAAGUCGGCGGUCUCGGAAGGCCGGCGAUGUAGGCCCGACCACGAAACCCGUCGACAAGACGGACAUCACACCUUACACCAACCAUAUCUACUCGUUGACGUCCAAGAAGAAGCACAAUAGCCGGCAUCCGGGACAUGCUAGGAGAGAGUCCUGUGAUGAUGAGAUAUCAGAGCUUGUCUUCGACCUCAACAAGCUCGAUGCACAGCGACGGAUCGAGGACAUGGCCAUGUCGGCCUUCCCAAACUCCGGGAUACGGCUGGGUGGAGCAGAGCAUUUCUUCGUCAGAGAGGGCUCCGAAGACGAUAGCGACGGCUCCUCACAGCGGGGUAGGAGUCUGACCAGGCCUCAGAAUGAAAAGAAGCACUCAAGACGUGGUUCGUCUGAAGUAGGAUGGGCAGUCAAGGAGAUGCAGGAACAUGCAGAGGUCCUGCGUCACGAGCGGGGAGAGGAUUUUGACUCGUCCAUGUCCGAAGUUGGCAGUAUCGGCCCACCCGAUAACACCUUCCAUUUCACCGGAUCAAGGGCCCGAACUGGGCCGCUCAGCCCAAUCGGCGAGCACCCAAUGCCUCUGAUUCCCAGCGAGCCAGUCAAGCCAGAAGGGUCCCAGCUAUGGAACAAAUCGCAAGAUCCCGACUCGUACUUCCCCCGAGCUGAGUCACCGCCAAUCAGGCCAAUUGGAGAGAGCUAUAUGCCCUAUAUCCCGUCCGCCCCGCCUGGCAAGGCGGCUGACAUGCCGUACAUCGCUCCGGCCUCACAGAUCCCGCCGGAGACAGGAUUUCGAAACAGGGCGCCUUUCGGUGCUUUUGCCGGGUACCGUAACCAGGAUCGCGAGGCCGAGCGAGAUCUACAUCGUAUGCGGACCCAGCGGAGCCCACCGAUGCUUGGCAAGGACCUCGUCUUCCGGAUGUGCCCAUCCCCCCAACAGACAAAGCUCGAGCCUGACCAAAAAUGGGAUAAGGAGACCUGCACGACAGAAGAGCCUAACCGGGAUGUUUCCGGACAGCGUGGCUUGUGGCGAGGCUAUUGCUAUACGAAUGACACCAAGCACGAAGCGCUAGUCCCUGCCGAGCGUCCGGCAAUGAUCUCCACCCCUAUGCCACCGGCCACCCCACGCGAGCACAGUGACCCCUUUUCGACGGCUUUCAGUGCCCACGCCACCUUCAGUCUUUCCGAAGAGCCUACGCCAUUGCACACAGGCUCCUAUCCCACCAUCUCCACCUCGGAACAUCGCUCCCGCGGUGCACCAAAAGGCCUUCAUAUGCUGAUGGGUCUUGAGGAGCGACUCAAGCAGGAGAAGGCACUCGCGGACCUCGAGGAGAAGAUCGCUUCUGAAUUUACCGAUGACUUCGUGACGCAGGUGUACAAUUACCUCUCUCUUGGGUACCCCGCCAUGGCACGCAUGUACGAUGACGAACUCAGCAAGAUUAGCCGAUAUUCGCUCGAGGAGCUCGAGCACGACGAUGAUGCCGUCAUGGACGGUAUUGGCAGCAAUGCGAAGGGUCACAUCAAGAUCGAGAUGGAUAUUGACACUGCGGAGGACGACAGGUGUCCACGUUGGAGAGCGUUGAAGCAAUACAUCUUUGAGUGGGCCCGGCAGCAUCCUGACCUUGAUAACAUCAGUCCCCGACCGUGGGGUGUACAGGAGCGCCGAGGCUCUUGGGGAUUGUGA